UGUGUCGUCAUCCGCGGCACGGCCCGGGGCCGCGGAGGCCGCCAUGUUGGUUGCGGGCAGGGAAGCCGCGCGCCGCUGCCCGCCGCCAUUUCGAGUAAGGGAGCCCGGGCUCCUCGACGAAAUUCGGGGAAUAAUUUAGCGCUGCCGGCCUGGGACUGUUCACGGACUUGGACGGCGCUUGAAAGCUUUACUUAAAACAUAAGGCAGAUUCUGUUUGCAGUUAAUGUUCUAAGGAUAAAGAUUAUGCAGUGAGUGGCAAGGAGCUGUGAGGCCGCCCUGUCCUCUGGGUCCCAGUGGGAUUCUCGCCCUCCUUCCCCAGACUGCCGUGCUCCAUGGGAGGCUCCCUGAAGCAUCCUGAGUGACUGUGCAGGAGGUUCUGAGAAGGAAAGGAUAUUCCGACAGUCACUUACUGAACUCCACCCGAACGAGCACUCGGUGAGAUAGAAACCAGCAGCAUGAACGAGAGCGUCAGUGCUGAAAGGUGCAGCGAUGGCAGUUCACUCUGCAUGGAUCUUUCCAACCUUGUCACCUGGGCACACACUCAUGGCAAUAUCUGCAAACAACUCCCAGCCUUGGAAGCGGUGCAGAGCUCGGGGCAUCCCAGCAGAGAGAAUUCUAUCCUGUGGAUGUGUGGGGGUGGACAUGCGUAUCACUGGCCGUGUGGAAAACUACACUUCAGAAGCAGAGAAGAGAAUGAAGCUGUAGAAAAGAGAAAGAGGCAAACGUCCUGCGAGGCUCCAUCGAGGGAAGCUAACUCAGGUGAAAAGAGGAUCAGGGUAACCUCACCUUUUGAGAGGGCUAGAAGAGGCACUGCUGCCACAGGAUCACGUAGCAGAUCUCCAGGGGUCACUCAACAAAGAGAUGACACAGUCUACAUAGUACACAAUGAACCAGCACCCAGAGAAAAUCAGAAAAGCAGCAAAUCCAUGAAACCCUGCUUUGCAGCAGAACAGCAUGUGUCCAGAGGUGAAAUCAAAACAGACGCACAUACAGUGAAUCUAGGAAGCGAUGAAGAUCCACAAAUCAUCUCUGAUGAUGAACAGCAUGUAUCGGAUGCAGAAAACCAAGGAGACAGAAUCAGACAGAAUAUUUGGUCAGACUCACCACCAACUAGCUGUGUAACUGCUGAGGUAGAUUUGCAAAUGCAUCAUGAUCAGAAGACUGCAAUUCCCAAGCAGCCAGCCACUCCCACAUCUGGCUUUGCCCCCACAGAAAAGCCACCCUUAGCUCUUCUCUCUAUUCAAAAAUCCCCUGUAAGCAAUCAGAAGAUCCUGGAGAGCAGCUUCAUGCAUCAAGGUCCUCUUAAUCCUGUGGAGUUCACAAGUGAAACUUCUAGAGCAAGGAAUUCCACCGGGUCAGCAACACCAAAGGAACCAUUAAAACAGAUUUCUGUCUCCAGCACUGAAGCAAAAGCCCAACUAGAGGCACCCACCUCUGUGGCAUUCUUUCAGUUUGAAACCUCUGUAGAUGUCCAGCAGCAACUCCAACUGUGCUGUCCCGAGUGUGGCACACCAGGAACAGGCUUCAGUGGGAAUGCUGCUGAAAACCCUCCUGAGGGGAGCAAACCAUCGGUGUCUGAGCUUACAGCUCAUCACUCAGCCUCACUGAGCCCAGAAAACAAGAAUUUGGAGCAUUCAUCCUCAAACAAAAAUGGGCUGAAGAAGAAAAACCGGAAUGCUGGCGACAUCAAGAUUUUCAGAGACUGGCUGGUUUUACACUGCCCCUCUGAAGCGCGCGAGAUCUACAAGCUGCCACCUGAAGACCUCGAUAAUUACCUGGCCUGGUUCUACAACUCCGCAAAGAAACAAAACGGCAUGGAUUUUUCCGCCAACUCUUUGUACUUCUUCCAGAGCAGCAUUGAGAGAUACCUGAAGGAUCACAACUAUGAGUACAGCGUGGUUAAAGGAGCGGAAUUCAGAACGUCUCAGGAAGCCUUAAAACUGAAGUAUCAGCAUCUGUCUCAAAAAGAGAGAGAGGGAGAGUGGACUAUUUUAGAGAACCUGACGGAUGAAAACGUGGAUGUCCUUCGUAAGAAAGGGCUAUUGAGUCAGUUGACCCCUCAGGGCUUUCUGCACCUGAUGCUCAUAAAUAUCAUUAGGGGGUUUGGGGCAAGCACACACAAUCACAGCCAGAACCUGUACUGGGGACAGCUGGUGCUAAGAAAGGAUGAGGCAGGGCUGGAGUACCUGGCAUGGAAGAACGACCUCCACGCAGAGGAAACUACGGGGGAAGCAGCUGCACACCUCUUUGCCAGGCCUGACAACCCAGAUAACUGUCCGAUCCAGGACUACAAGAUGUACGCUAAGAAGAGGCCGCUGGACAUGCUUCACGACUACGAUCCGCUCUACCUGUCUCCCAAGCCCCUCUACUCCAUGUGGGACCAAGUGUGGUACUGUAGAAAAUCACUGACAAAAUCCAAAAUGGAAAAGAUGCUGAAAGUUAUUAUCCAGCAAGUCAAAGGAACAAAUAUGAAGGCCAAGAAGUAAAGGUAGCCGCUGGUUUCUGUUGUGCCACUUGGCUAGGAGCCUGUUCCAAAGUAUGUUUGAAAGGUUUAAGUAGCGACAGUUAGCAGAGGUUGAAGGAAACAUCCAUCCCUUCAGUGUCACCUUCCAACAUCUACAGAUUUGCAUUACUUUAGCUUUCAGGAGAAGUGAAAAACUUCUAUUGUUCUUUUUCUUAACAGAAUUGGUAAUUCAGUAAGUUAAAUAAAUAUGAGAGUUCUAUUUUUACAAACGUGAAAAGUUAACGUUCUACUCUAUUAUUAGUGACAUGAUAAAAAAGCUGCACUACCAGGGAGAGGGCUCUGCAGCUGAAUAACAAGCUGCGCUUGUAUUUAGGGGAGCUGACACUUGCAAACUGUAUUUAGUCUGCUGUGUCACAGCCUAUCAUAAAAAGAUAAAUACCGUGAGCUCGUUGUGGGGUGGAAGGAGGAUGAUGAAAUACCGUGUUUGCCAGCUGCUAAUCCAUAGCUCAUAGGAAUGCUUUCAACAAGGUUUAUGUCAUUUUUCUUAGUGAAAGAUUCAUAGAUUUAAGAAAUUCUGACUGUUUUUAAAAGUUAUUUAAAUAUCUGACAGCGUUGAAAAGUUUUAUGGCCUUUUCCCCAGGGCACUAAGAAUAGCCACAAAAGCAGCCUUCAGUAGGCUUAAACCUUGUUUCGGCUGUCCUGUUGCUGUUCGGUCAAUGUACUCUUACAGUCCGGUUGUUGGAGUGAACUGUUGACAUGUUCUAAUAAAAUUAAGUCUUACUUAGUACUGUUUGUCUGUUCUA